CGACCGCUACGUCUUCGAUCGAUCAAUCCCCAAUUGUAUCAGAGACCCCAGUACCAACCGAAGACGAUAACUGAAAUCAAAACGUCUUUUGAUUUGCGUAGUACCUUUCUUUCGGAACUUGCGACAGGGCUUAUGGAUGUGGAAUUAGUAGCAGAAGGUGCAUCAGAAGAUGAUGCUUUCAAUCUUGAGAACAACAUUGAUGAUUACACUGCUUUUGAUGGUGAAAGAUGCGGGAUAUGCAUGGAUAUUGUCAUCGAUAGGGGGGUGCUGGAUUGCUGCCAACACUGGUUCUGUUUCACAUGCAUUGAUAACUGGGCAACUAUCACAAACCUUUGCCCACUUUGCCAGAACGAAUUGCAGUCAAUAACAUGUGUACCUGUAUAUGAUACCAUUGGAAGCAGCAAAGUUGAUGAAGACCUGUGCAUCGGAGAAGAUGAUUGGUGCAUUGAAGGGAAGAAUAACACUCUUUCAUUCCCAUCAUACUACAUUGAUGAAAAUGCAGUUAUCUGUUUGGAUGGAGAUGGGUGCAAAAUCCGAAGUGGAUCAGUGACAAUUGAGGAAGACUCAAAUCUUGAUACAUCAAUUGCUUGUGACUCAUGUGAUAUAUGGUAUCAUGCUUUCUGUGUGGGAUUUGAUCCUGAAGGGACAUGUGAAAAUUCAUGGUUAUGCCCCAGGUGCAUAGCCCAAGAAAAUCCACAAAAAUCAGAUCUGAGUCCAGCACUGGGGCCUAGCACCUACUCUCAUCUCAAAAAUGCUACCAGUGAAUGUUUAGUUGAGGCUGCUUUCUCUGGAAAGGUUUCUGUAUCUGUUGCUGAUGCUGGUGAGACUGCUGUUGUCAUCUCAAUGAUUGAUGGAAAUCAAGUGCCUGAGGGACAAAGUGAAAAAGCAUCAUCAACCUUGGAACUUGAUGAUGAUGCUAAAAUUGAUACGAUAAUUUCUAGUUCCAUGGCCAAUGGUUCCAAGUCAGAAACACCGUUGACUGAGAAAACUUGCACCCAACCAGUUUUGGAGGCACAGGAGCUGGACCUAGGUUUAUCACAAGAUUCAUCCUUCAGUUUAACCUGUACUUCAUUGGGGCAAAGUGAAUUGAAGGAACUUUCUUCUGAUAAAAUGACCAAAGAGCCAACUGGCUUUCAUGGCAUCAUUAUGUCUUCAAAGUCAUUAGAUUGGCCAUCCUCCACUAAUGAACCAUUUGAAUCCAGUUUGGAUCUUCAUCUUGGUAUAUCUGUAGGCUGUUCUUUUCCUGCUGGCAGCAUGAAAAGUGAUUUAACUGAAGACAAACCAAGUGGAGACCUGCCGAUGAAAAGUAAUUCAGAAGAAUUGCCCGCUGGCAAGAUUGUCCCUGAUAGGAAGGAUAACAUUUCUGGAAAAACCCCUUCAAAAAGAAAGCUUAUGGACUCCAGUGAUGAUAUUCAUACAGCUACUGUGGAUGAAGAAACCAAAGACAGACUUGAGCCUAAAGCUUCAACAAAGAAGGUCAGAGUUGAGAGAGAUGGUAAACUAACUAAUUCAAAAGGCCAAACUGAUGGAUCUGUUUCUGAUGAGUCGCAGAAGUGUAACUCAGAAAAGGAAAAUGAUGCUUAUGACAUAAUGAGUAUAGUUCAAGGGACAAGUCGUAGAACAUUCAAGGCACAUGCAAACAAUAAUCACACUGAGAAGUCCUCAAUAGAAAGACAGAAUGCAGCUGGCUUGAGAGUGAAAAAGAUCAUGAGGAGAGCUACUGAGGACAAAGACUCAUCCAUGUUAGUACAGAAGCUAAGAAAAGAAAUUAGAGAUGCUGUCCAUAACAGAUCUCCUGAAGAGUUUGGGGAAAACCUUUUCGACCCAAAACUUCUUGCUGCAUUCAGAACUGCUGUGGCUGGAUCUGUAACUGAACCGGCUAAAAUUUCACCUGCUGUAGUUGUGAAAGCUAAGAAGUUAAUGUUGCAGAAGGGAAAAGUACGUGAGAAUCUAACAAAAAAGAUAUAUGGAAUUGGUGGAAGAAGAAAACGGGCAUGGACCCGGGACUGUGAAAUUGAAUUUUGGAAGCAUCGCUGUUUGAAAGCUGGGAAACCUGAAAAGAUUGAGACUUUGAAGUCAGUUCUCGAUGUUUUAAGAAAGAGUUCCAAUGACACGCAGAUUAAACAGGCCACUGAAGGGAUGGCCACAAAUUCCAUUCUUUCCAGGUUGUAUUUGGCCGAUACAUCUGUUUUCCCUCGCAAGGAUGAUAUCAAGCCGCUCUCUGACCUCAAAAGUACUCGGCCUGUGGAGAAUAAAGGACUUGAUUUGAUGGAAAAAGUGUCUACCUCAUCUCUGGAAAAUCACACCACAAAAACUCCCCAAGUGAAUAAGGUUUCAUCACAGGCUGGUAUUCCUUCAUCUGACUAUAAAGGGAAUAAGAAUAUUACAGGUACAAGUGUAAAGGAUGAAUCUGCUUAUAAUAAGGCACAUCCUAACAAAUGCCUGCAACAGCCAUCUGCUGCUUCUUUAAAUGGUUCUGAUGUAAACUCUCAGAAAGAAACAAUAGGAAAAUCUACCAAUGUAAAGAAAGAUAAAAGGAAAUGGGCUCUGGAGAUUCUUGCAAGAAAAACAGCAGCUACAGGCAGUAAUGCAACACAGGCAAAAGAGGCAGACAAUGCCAUAUUGAAAGGAAACUAUCCUUUAUUGGCUCAAUUACCAGUUGAUAUGAGACCAGUAAUGGCACCUAGUCGUCAUAACAAAGUCCCAAUGUCUGUCAGGAAGGCACAACUUUACCGCCUCACUGAGCACUUCCUACGCAAAGCAAAUCUGCCAGUUAUUCACAGAACAGCAGAUACAGAGUUGGCAGUUGCAGAUGCAGUCAAUAUUGAAAAAGAAGUUGCUGAUAGAUCAAAUAGCAAGUUAGUAUAUGUGAAUCUAAUGUCCCAGGAGCUAUUGCAUAGGGCAGACAACAUCAAGUAUGGUAUGGCUGCAUCAGACCCAUCCUCAACUUCAACAGUACCCACUGAUAGGCCAGGGCAAGAAACAAGUGAUCUAUCUGAUAGUCCAAUAGUUGAGGAAGCAUUAAGAAAUGCGGGCCUUUUGGCUGAUUCACCACCAAACAGUCCAUCUCCCCACAUGGAUAAAAUAGAUGAUGAAAAUAACUUUCCAGAGAAGAUUGUCAACAAAGAGCCUGAUAAUGUAUUUGAAAUGGAUUCUCAUCCAGAGCUUGAUAUAUAUGGUGAUUUUGAGUAUGAUUUGGAAGAUGAAGACUUUAUAGGUGCUAGUGCUUUAAGGAUAUCUAGUCUACAACAAGAAGAGUCAAAGAUGAAAGUUGUUUUCUCUACUAUAAAUUCCGAUCAAUCAAAUAAUGCUCCUGAUCUUGAGGGUCAUGAACAGACAACUAAUGUUGAGGCACAAAAAACUCCUUCCUGCUUGCAUGAUUGCAGUACUGACAUGAGCAUUAGAAGCUCAAGUGUGGCACCUAGGACAGAGGACGGCCUCCAGCAACACCCAGUAAUUAAUGAAGGAGAUGAAGAGCCUUCUGCUGCAGAAUGCGAAGAACUAUAUGGUCCUGAGAAAGAACCAUUAAUGAAAAGGUUCCCGGACAGCACAGUGACAAAGCCCAGUCAAAUAAUGGCUGAUGAUGCAGUUCCAGAGAAAUGUGAAGAUUCUGGAUCAAAUCAAGCAGUGAAAGCAUCUGAAUCAAGGACUGGGAGCUGCGUAGACAAGUUAGCUGUUGCAAGUGUUGGUCACCACGCUUCUGCUGGAGAACAUGAGACAGGUUGUUCUCAAACUAGUGAAAACGGAACAGUGAAGGAGAAGCCAUCGAAUACUGAAACAAAGAAGGAAUCUGAUAAUUUCAAUGCUGUAUCUAAAAGGGUGGAAGCCUACAUCAAAGAGCACAUCAGGCCACUGUGCAAAAGUGGAAUCAUCACAAGUGAACAAUACAGAUGGGCUGUGGGUAAGACAACUGAGAAAGUUAUGAAAUACCACACUAAAGAGAAAAAUGCCAAUUUCCUCAUCAAGGAAGGUGAGAAAGUGAAGAAACUUGCAGAGCAGUAUGUCGAGGCCGCCCAGAAGAUGGAAAGAAAAUAAGGUUCAGAUGCAACUAUUUCUUCCUUUUUUCAACUGGAGAUGUCCUUUUUUUUUUUUUUUCUUACAAGGAUAACCCAAUUCGAUACACUAUGCAGCAAUGCCAGGAACUGAAUUAUUAGCAAAUAUCCCGCCUUGUGAACUAGUGUAAAGUUGCAUACUAAGAUGUCAAUACUCACAGCUAUGAGCUGCUCUAACAUACAAAGAAUGAUUUGCAUGCUCAGAUUUAAUCUCCGUGUGGUGCUGAACUUACUCAUUAGCAUGCUCAAAUCAUAUACUUUUUGGGACAAUCCCAUUAUGUUGUUUUGCUUUGUUCUGAGUCCCUGUUCUGUUUUUCCUGCAUCUUUUAUAGUUUUGAGUUCUUGUGUCAUCUACUCUCAGUGCAUAAUUUAUUUACAUAAAUUGGAAAGUUACAGUUCAGGUAGAUAACUGGUAU